AUGGUUGAACUAAGUCGCGCCGACGCUAGGGCAGUUCCAAAUUGGAAAGAUGUUGAGCUCAAACAAGAGGGAAAGCAUCGGCUUGGGUAUAACCCGGCAACAGGGUAUAGAGAAAUAUCACAGGAGGAUUUUGAAACCGUCCGAGCAAGCGGUAAGGCAUACAACACCGGGACCAACUCGAUACGCUUUCGUCGCAAAGGUGGCAAUAGAGCUGCUCUUUCAAAGGUAUGA